CUGGCUACUACAUACAUAAUCACCACGCAAACGAUGAGAUGGAAAUACAAGACCGCUCUCAGCGAGAACAGCUUCGCACCUGGGGCAGCAUUCCUCGACGGUACAUCGUGUGUGCCCACGGCCACAGGUCGUUUCCUGUCGCUAUCACCGCUGGCAGCUCGGGAUUGCUGGACGCCGGCAAGAUAGGCAGCAAGUUCACGUCUCGGACGUAUUUGGCGAGCGAGAGACAAGGCGGUAUCACCAUCGUAAUCUACAUGCUCGGGGUCACAGCCAUGUUGGACGAGAAUACGUGCAAUAUCAGCGCUCUGCGCGAGAUACAGUGCCGUCUGGCUGUGGUGGUUAACCUUUGAGACCAUGUCCAGGUUGCUCUGCGCGAGCAGCGCUGAGACAACGUCUCGUUGGUUCGCAGCGGCGGCGACGUGUAGGACUGUGUCCCCUGUUAAGAUGUCCCUGUGUGCAGCAUCAGGUCUUGCGGCUAGGUCUUUCAAGAGGGUCCAGUGGCAAUUUCUUGCGAGAGCUAGCGCAGGGAGAUCGGUGGUGGCUGGAUUUGCUCGGCGGCUGUGUAU